AUGUCACACAUUAGCCAAUCACAUGCCAGAGAAGAGUUAACUUCAGUCAUGGCAAGAACAAAGCAGACCGCUCGUAAAUCCACCGGAGGCAAAGCGCCCAGGAAGCAGCUCGCUACUAAAGCUGCCCGUAAAAGCGCCCCAGCCACCGGCGGUGUGAAGAAGCCUCAUCGUUACAGGCCCGGUACCGUAGCGCUGAGAGAAAUCCGCCGCUACCAGAAGUCUACUGAGCUGUUGAUCCGUAAGCUGCCUUUCCAGCGUCUGGUGAGAGAAAUCGCCCAGGACUUCAAGACUGAUCUGCGCUUCCAGAGCUCCGCCGUCAUGGCCCUGCAGGAGUCCAGCGAAGCUUAUUUGGUCGGCCUGUUUGAGGACACCAACCUGUGCGCCAUCCACGCCAAGAGGGUCACCAUCAUGCCCAAAGACAUCCAGCUGGCCCGCCGCAUUCGUGGUGAACGCGCCUAA